UGGCGUAUUUUGUUGUGGUUAGGUUGGCAACAGUCAGCUGGUCCAGACGACCUUGAGCAGUGUUGCGGUAAUUGGUCAAAUGGCGCGGCGUGAGGGUGCAACGUAAUCCAGUCUCUCAUCUCUUUGCCACAAUUCUGUUGUGGUUUAAGACGAGGACUGUAUGGUGAGGAUGCUAUGACGUUGUGGGUCCCCAAUCACCAGCACAGUGGCGGUAAAGCCUGGCAUGUUAACUCGCCGCAACUGGGUGUUGCGCACCAGCAUUGUCCUCAACAUAAUAGUCCUGCUAUAUGUCGGAACACAUGUCGCUUCCAGAAAUGGAGGGGUGGACAUGUUGGAGGAAAUGCAGGCUGGUGGACGCAGCUUGGCAUCACUGGAGAUAACCCAGGACUCUGCACUUCCUGCAGUGGUUGGCUCAGAUAACCCAGAGACUCAGGCUGCCGCCCUCGUACAGGGCACAACAUCAGCCCCAGGCAUGCGGCACAGUACAACGGUGGCAACCUCCACGGAACAUAAGGAGAUGAGCAGCACUGAGGAGAUGGAGUCCCUUAACACGCUAGAGGAGAUCAUCGGGUGUAAGGAUCGGGAGGCGGUACCACGGACUGAGCAGCGUGGGGACUACUGGGUACUGUACAACUAUGUACGGGCUGCGAGACACUUCCAUUGCUGGGAGAGUAUCACCUACACCACACAUGCAGACUUCACCUUCCUCGACAACCUGGAGACUCUGCUGGAUCGGUGGCAAGGUCCUAUUUCGCUGGCCUUGCACGCACCUGGUACCGACUUCAUGCCCACUCUCAACACCAUCCGCUACUUGCGCGAGUGCACCUCGUCACCGAUAGCCGACUACGUCACUUUCCAUGUGUAUUUUCCUAGUAAACAUGUUCCAAAACAAGUUCCUCGUGUAGACAAAGUGUUUGAUGAACAUUUUAAUUGUUCUAAUCCCCCACCGUGGGUCACAAUGCCAGCAAACACCAUUUAUAAAGCUCAGAAGAAGCUGCUCUAUCCUGUGAAUGUUGGUAGAAACAUUGCGAGAGAGAGUGCGGUAACUCAUUAUAUUCUUCCUAGUGACAUUGAGUUGUAUCCUAGUCCAGGAGUUAUUCCUGAUUUUCUAGAUAUGGUGAGGAGGCAAGAUCCACCUCUACAACACAAACGCCCCAAAGUGUUUCCUCUUUCAAUUUUUGAAUUGGAAUCAAAUAUGAAUCUUCCUGUCAACAAGAGUGAUCUGGUCUCUAUGUUAAGAAAUGGCACAGCCAUACCUUUCCACAAGAAAGUGUGUCCUGGCUGUCACAACGUGCCCAAGUCUAAGGAGUGGCAGAACGCCCCUCCCGGUGAAGGACUGAAAGUAUUCCAUAUUGGAAAACGAACUGGAUAUUUUGUGCACUGGGAGCCGAUAUUCAUAGGCACUCAUGAGGAUCCGUUGUACGAUGAGAGGCUGAGUUGGGAGGGAAAGAGUGACAAGAUGACUCAGGGUUACAUCCUAUGUGUUUUGGACUACGAAUUCCAAAUUCUUGACAAUGCUUUUUUGGUACAUAAGCCAGGAAUUAAGACACUAAAGAAAGAUCCAGCAAGAGCACUUCUUGCUGGAAAAACUAACUCUCUGAUUCGCAAGAUCAUCUUCCCGGAGCUGAGGGUGCUGUUUGGUGUAAGAAAGGGUUGUGCUGUCUGACAUUCACACUUUCACUCUCACUUCCAAGGAAUUACACCUAGGUGACAAGAAGUGAAUACCGGUGUCAACAAAAGACACUUCAUCUUGCUGCAAGAUUGAUUUAGUCAAAGAGUCUGGUUUUUCUCUGACCACAAGUCAGGAAUGUGCUUUUCUUCACCAAUUAGGACGGAGAUAGUGUCUUAAGUAGCUGUAAACCAUAUCAUUUGUAAUUUUAAUUAUACUCACAUUUAUUAUUUGUGUACAGUACAUUACUUCUACAAGGUUGUGAUUCACUCAAUAAUAUAUCAGAUCAGUUUAUUCCGCCAAGGUUACACUAAUCUUUCUUGUAAAGUUAAAUGCAAAAAAGGAGAUGAUAUUCUAUAAUUUUAUACAGUUUGUAUAAAGUAUUGUAUUUUCAUGUUUAAUUUUACAGAGAUAGAGUUAAUAUUGAUUGAUAUAGAGAUAAGUUUUGAUACAAUUUGUUCAGGAUGUUUCUGGGAAAGCAAAAUCAAUUAUUUAUAUUGAUUUUAUCUUUACAGUUGUAUGUGAUUAGUAACUAAUAUUGUAUCCAUUAUUGGUUUACCUUUUAAUAACCUUUUAAGUAAAAUGCAAAACAAAAGAAAAUAUUGUGUUUCAUCAUAUGACAUUAUUUAUAUUUUGUGAAUAAAUUUAGAUUUAAAAAAAAUUUAGCAUAUAAAUCAUACAAGCAGUCUAAAAUUGAGGGUGGGAAACAAAAACUGACAUAUCAUGUCCCAAUAUAAUAAAGUAAUAAUAAUUAUGUCUAAGAUCCAUUGAUGCUCUCUUAAUUUGUUACAAGGGGUCAACCCUUUAUUUAAGCUAAUUACAACUAUUCAUUAAUCUUCAAUCAUUAUUUUUCCUGAGUGUGGUCCAAUAGGAUCUGACCUAACUCUCUGAUUGGAAAAGUCAGAUAUUUUCUACCUACCGUUGCAAAUGCAAUUUAACACAUUAGAAUGUUAUAAAAAUCUAUAAAUAUGUACACCAAUAGGUCAGUAAAUGUUCAAGACUGCAGUUUUAAAACUGUCUACAAUAUUAUAUGUGCUAUAUAUGAUCACAUUAAUGUUCAAUGUUUAUAAAUAUUUUGUGAUAAACUGCAGUCAUGAUAGCAGCCAAGCAACUUUACUGAAAAUAAACCUUUUUCAUUAAGCUGUUAUUUCUAGAAAUACCAUUCAUAAGCAGAUGUGGUUGAUAUUACUGGAAAGAUAUUGUAAAAACCUUUCACAAUUUGUUGAUUUAAAGAAUUAAUCACGCAAAUAUUUGCUACGAUAAUAUAUCUCAGAAAAAUGUAUAGGGACAUUCUAAACAUUCAGUAACAUUUUCAUUGCUAGAUGUUUACGGAUAAUUUGACCAGAUAAUUGAUUCGUAACAGAUAUCCAUUUCUUUUCAUAUUCAUGUAAAAUAGCAGUAAAAUAGCACUAGUUAAUAAAAUGUAGGCUACAUUUGGGUUCAAGAAUUUUGACACCAGCUGAGUUGUAGGCCUGAUUCUAUGCCAUUCUUUCUGUCUGCUGUUCUAUUUUGCAUAAUGUUGUUCUGGUCAUAUGAUAAGUGCAACCGGUGUUUUGUAAUUAAUUGUGUUUAUGUUGUGAUAAUAAUGAAUUAGUAUUAUUUUGUGUUGUAAAAGGCAUUAUUGGGUGUUGUGAUAAUUGAAAUGUCUAAUAACUGGAGAUAUUUCACCAUGUGGCCAAUCAAAAUGGUUCAACUCGUUGAGGCCAGACAUUUGAGCAAUCUAAGGGAAGAGGUGUGACUACGAUAUUUUACACUAGCUAGAUAUCCAUGCACCGUUCUCAGUCAGUUUAGACACAGCUGGACUAACCUGGUGGAUCUGAGCUACAUUAUCAAUCAUUCAUUAUUUUUAAGCAAAUGCUUCAACAAUAGGUGGUUUAAACAAACAUUAAAUUAUAGAUCUCUACUAUUUUACCCGCAAGGAAAUCUUUUCUAAGAAUCUUAAAUAGUAACAAUAUUACACAGGGGAGGAUCCACAUUCAAUCUAUACAUUAUACAUAAUACAAAGUAUUAGACCAUUCCCGUCCAAAAUAUUGUCAAAAAAUAUUACUGAUAUUGAAUAACAAAAGAAUAAAUAAAGAACAGCUAUUCACACUUUAAAUGUUACAACAAAUUAAACAUUUCAAAAAUGUUAAAUGAACCACUUAACUAAUUGUUAAGAACUAUGAGAUUUAUGAUUUAAUAUUGAUUGGUUGCUGAUUCUAUUACCAUUCCAUCUAAUUAACAGUAUAUUUUAACAUUUAUAAGUAAGAAGAUGAAGAAACCUAUAUUUAAAAAACACUGUCAUAAUAGAGUAUGUAUCUUAAGGUUAAUAAUAAUUGAAAUAUUUACAAUUUGAAAAAUAAUUCUAUUUUCUGAGUCCAAUUAUGGAUAUUUUAAUUUGAAAAAUAAUUACAAUUAACUAAAAAAUAUAUAAUAACACAAGUUAUUUCAAAAUUUAGCUUAUUCAGUUAUGAAUUUUGUUAUCUAGCAACAAAAUUAACAAUACAAAUCCUUAAAUUUGUAUUAUUGCUAUCAUAAAACAGGUAAUUAUAGUAGUUAUUUCUUAGAAAGCAUAAACACAAAACUAAACAAGCUGUUUUAAUCUUUCUCUUGAUAUUGCAGUAAAAUCAUUUGUAAUUAUAGUAGUUAUACAAAUUCGAGUUUCCAUAAUUUUGAUAUGUUUUAUUAACUUUGAACUAAAUUUAUUUUAAAACUAUUUUAAAUAGUCAUUAUAUUUAUUGAGUAUAUACAAAUUCUAUUCAUUAAGUAUAUACAAUUUAUUUGUUUGUGAUACAGGUUAUUCUUUUUUCACAUAUAUUAAUACUUUUUAGCAUCAUUUGACUCAAAUACACAUUUCAGAUGUAAUUGACUUAUUUUCCUUUUGCUGCUCUAACUCAGUUACACAAAUACAUAUAGAAAUAUGUUGUAUUUGUAUGGUAUCUAAAAUUCUGUUAUAAAUGAGAAAUAACUGGAGCAUUAUUUAUUCAUGUGUAUGUAUCUAAUAUAUAUAUAUAUAUAUAUAUAUAUAUAUAUAUAUAUAUAUAUAUAUAUAUAAACUUUUCAUUAGAUAAGAAUGAGUUUAAAAUUAAAUACUGAAUGAUAUUGUUUUGAAAUUGUAAGAAGAUACUCUCCAUCAGUGUCACUGAAAGUAGAUCGUUAUCACUAAUCUAUAAAGGAACCACGAAUAAAGCUGAUUGUAAAACAUUUAUUUGCCUUUUGCAUGUUUCAUAUUGCUUUGUUUUCCUUCAUGUGAAUGUAAAAUAUAAUUGUUGAAAUCUGCCUCUUAAUUAUUCCUGAGUGUUUUGUUUAUGACAUUUGCGUCCGUAGUGAAAGGCUGUAGUGAGUAACAUGUGCCUGCUUGCAAACCAUUCCAGCCCAUUUUAAACAUCAAUUUAAGAAUCAAUCAAAGUUGUGCCUUAUUUUAUGAAUGAUUUGCUAGUCUACAAGUACAUCUCCUAAUUAUUCCUAGUGAGAGAAAGAAAAGUAUUGUCUCAGAGAACUAGUGAGACCUUUUAACAGAAUUAUGUAGUUUAGAAAUGAAUAUAGUCUCCUUUUGUGAUAGGAUGAAUGAGUCUUUGGUCAUACUGUGUUAUGCAUCACAUUUGAGAUAGUUUUAUGAUCGAAAUAGCAUAUAAAUAUAGGAUUACAAAAUAUUAUUUACUAGAAUUUUUGAUGUAGUAUUGUUUAAAUUUUACAAGUUUCUGAUUGUUUUAAAUGUCAUCUAAUUCAUUUACAAUAUAUUAAACCGUUUAACAGUAUGUUUCAGUAGUGAUUGAAUUCUGCUAGGAAUUACUUUAGAAUUGUUAACAUCAGAUAUUUGAAAGGAUAAUAAGAUUUUGGACAUAUGCCAUAGUUAUAUGUUACAAAAAAUUAUAACAAAAAAGUGUUUUGUGUUGAAAUCAUAGGAUUUCAGAGAUUUGCCAUUGUUAUUUAACUUACGGUAAUUGUAGUAUAACAAUGGCAAAUGUCUGAAAUCCUAUGAUGCUUUCAAAUCAUCAAUUGUCAGUAACAAGCUUUAACCCUCUAAGUGCUAGCACAUUUUUAGAGAUAUGGUUUUUUUAAAAAUUACAUUACAUACAAUAAUGCUUUCAAAUAUCAUGUAUUAUACUUACAUUUUUCGGAAAUACAGUAAAACAUUUUUUUUUAUUGAAGAGGUACAGUUUUUUUAAUUUAUUUUGUAACAAUAAUUUCAGAAUAUACAAAUUGUUUCUAAUUUGAUUCUGAAUAACUUAAAUGUUGCAGCAAAGGUUUUUUAACAAAUAAAAUCUGACAAUGACGCCCACCAUAGUGUCUGAUUCAGCUGACUUAUAUUUCUCAUAAGUUACUUUGCAUAAUCUUCCAAAUUAGUAGUCUACUUUCAGUUCAGUCAGUGCAUAGAGGAAUCUUACUUAACAAAGACCAUAAAUAUUGAAUAAACCAUUUGUUUGUAACACAACAAAACCAAAAGAUAUCACAAUGCGAUGAUAGCACUUUGAGGGUUAAACAAAGAAUCAAAUAGUUAAUAUCUAGUUUUCAUGUUUCAAACAAAAACCAUGUUGCAACAGCAUUUUGUUACAUUAAUUCUUUGUUGACCACAAUAAUAUCUGUCCCAGUAAUCAACCAUUAUUGAUUGAUUUCUUUAUUCAAAACUAAUUUUGAUUUAUAAUUAUUUCAAAUCUAUAACAUAUGAUGUAAUAUUACUCUUUAUAACCACAACAAUAUAUUUUUAAAACCUUGUUAAUCUGUACUGAUUAAAGUUAAAAGAAACUAGUGUUAGAUUGUCCUUUUUUAUAUACUUAUAUUUGUAAAUAUAAGAAAAAUUAGUCUUUAAGCUUACACAUCCACAAAAUUUUGAGGUGCUAUGUGUAGGUGUUUUAUAUAUUCAAUUUUAUAAGAAGGAUUUUAUUCAAUAAUUAAAAGUUCCAUAUGUAGUGAAAUAAUUAGAUAUUUAAACUUUAUAGUAUGAUGUGAAACUAUAGUAAGAACAUUAUUCUUUUGACAUCCAGCAUAGUAACUUUCAAUGAGUAGAAAGAAUGAGCAAACAUAUUUGCAUUUUUAACUUAAUUACAAUGUCAUUGCUUUUGCUUUGAUGGAUUAUAAAUAUUUAGUGAUAAAAGAAUAUUGCAUGUAAGGUAGAGUGCUGACAAACAAGUGAAAUUCUUAAAAGUAGGGAUAUAUUUUUAAAUAUACAUGUACAUAUUCUCUUAUAAGUAUUUACUUUAAGCUUGCAUAUGUGAAAUUUCACUCGUAGUAGAUUUUCUAAGAUAAAUUGUAUAAAUAUUAGAUCAAUUGUACAAUGUAUAUACUAUUUUUAAAAUGUAAAAUAUCAUUAUUUUAAUUGACUUCUGAUGGUGGUGGGACAGGGUUAAGUUUCAAUUAGCAGAUAAAAGAUCUACAGACUUUAAAAACCAAUUAUAAAUCGUGUUUCGACUGUGCAAAUCUUUUUUGUUUCUUAUAUUGUUGUUAUUGUAAAAAGUAUAAAAAAUAUGUUCAUAAAAUUGCAAUGUACUAAACUAAAAUUAUAAUAAGAUUCAUAAUUUUUGUGCUAUGUGUCAAGACUAUGAAGUACAAUCUAUUGAUACACUAGAAUCUUGUUCAACCAAAUUUGUUGGGACUAAAGUAAUUAAUUUUGUGAAAUGAAAAUUCUGUUAAUAAAGGUAUUAAAAAAAUAUUUUAAAAUGUAAAUUAAAUAUUAACAACUUUUUUGUAUUAAAAUUGAUUUGUUUAAACUGAAACUUUGGUUAGUGGAAACUAAUGUAUUAGUUCUGUAUUAAAUCAGAUUCUGAGAGAUCAGUCCAUGUAGUUUGGAGUAAUAUAUGAAAACUAUAGUAAUUGUAAUAAUUUAUUAUUUUAGAGGAUGUGAAGCCAGGCUUGUCACAUUAGUUAACUGUGAAAUUUGCAAUAAUUAAAACUGAAUUCUGUUAGAUUUUUUUCAAAAAUGCAGAUUUUGUGUGAUUUUUGCAAUUUAUAAAAACACUAUAUUACCCUACCAUAUGUUUAAAUAUUAAAGAACAACACGUUGGUAACACCAUAACUGUGAAUUAACUCUGAGUCAGCCAAGAUGUUUUCUAGAAGGAUUCGCCAAAGUCAAUGUAUUUAACUAUCAGGUCUAUUAAAAUACACAUAGGUAACAUCUUAACUGUGAGUAACCUUAGAGUCAGUCUGAUUGCUCUCUAGACACGUUUUCCAAAGUCGAUAUUUUAAACUACCAGACCUAUGUUACAUGUAGGUAACACCUAAACUGUGAGUAACCUUAGAGUCAGUGUGAUUGCUCUCUAGACACGUUUUCCAAAGUCGAUAUUUUAAACUACCAGACCUAUGUUACAUGUAGGUAACACCUAAUCUGAGGGGUGGAGUAAAGACUUGUUAUUCAAGAGUACAUGUUAUACCAGGUUUUCAGGAUUAGGAAACGCUUUUUCAAUUAACCCUUUAAGAGAUAGAAUCAUUGUCAUAUCUCUGUAAUCCAGAUUCCUUAUUGGUAUCUGCCACAGACCUAGCACUUGCAUGGAUAACUCGUUAAGUUUGGGUGUUAAAAGAAAAGUCUAGUCUUAUUUCUCAAAACAAUCUCUAAACCCCCAGGCAAAGGUUAUUUUUGUCUGCUAACUGAAACUUGAGAAGUACUUAUUAAUUUAGAACCAUAUGUGCAUAUAAAUUGUACAGAUUGUAAUUUUAAGCCAGACAGUUUCAAGUGCCACAGUGGGACAUGUAUGUUCCACAAUAUGUUUUCUUUGUCAUAUUUUCAUGUAAAUGUUAAUAGUAAAUACCUUUCAUUAAAUUAUAUAAAUCUUUUUUA